AUGAGCACAGAACGACAGGAGCCUCCUAAGGAUCCAGAUUUCCUGUCCUACUUGUCAUUUCCGUCUAAUAAAUCAAAGGGAAAGAAGCAUAUUAUUAUAGUUGGAGCCGGAAUUAUUGGUGUCUGUAUAGCGUACUACAUUACACAUCAUCCCAAGUUUGAUCCCAAGAAGCAUUAUAUUACUAUAGUGGAGAGUAAACGUGUGGCCGGUGGAGCAUCUGGAAAAGCUGGGGGGUUAUUAGCUCUAUGGGCUUUCCCUCAGCAAAUUGUGCCUGUAAGCUUUAAAUUACACCAGGAGUUGGCCAAAAAAUAUGAUGGGGCAAAAAACUGGGGAUACAGAAGGUUAACUACAGUCAGUGUUGAGGGAGAUAUAUCAAAGAAAAAGGUUUCGCAUGUCAAAAAGCUGCGUGAAGAAAAUGAAAAAUCACCUUCCCCUGUAGAUGAAGAUGGUUCGGGUAAAUCCGAGAAAAAGACAAGUAGGACCAGUUCUGCUAAGGAGGUGAAACGGAAGAAGGCUCAAAAGAAAAUGCCAUUACCAAGCAAUUUGAAGUGGAUAGAUCCUAGUUUAAUAAGCGACUGGAAUUUACUAGGAGAUGAAAGUACCACCGCACAGGUUCAUCCAUAUCAGUUUACCACUUUCAUGUUAAAGAAGUGCCUUGAAACAGGAUGUGUCGAACUUAUUAUAGGAAAAGCUGAGGACAUAAUUCUUGAUGAGGACUCUGGAAAGUGUGAGGGCUUGAUUUACAAGCCUUCAAGUGCCAAAGCACAAUAUGAUAAGACAUCAAAGGAGAGGGUUGAGCUCCGCGGUGAUAAAGUGAUUGUGGCCAUUGGACCAUGGACUUCAAAGAUACUGCCAGAUUGCCCUAUAUCGGGACUCCGAGCACACUCAAUCUUGAUUAAACCUGAGGAUAUGAGCAAGAUAACACCGCAUGCCAUAUUCACAGAGCUUCGUACUGAUAAGCAAAGCUUUGUGAGCCCCGAAAUCUAUUCAAGAAAAGAUGAAGUGUACGUUUGCGGAGAAGGUGACUCGAGUGUCUUAAUACCUGAGACUACUGAUGAUGUUGAAGUUGUGACUGCGAAGUGUGACAAGCUAUUUAGUUAUGUCUCGAAAAUAUCUCCGAACUUGGCACAUGGAAAGCUUAUAAAAAGGCAAGCUUGCUAUCUUCCUGUGCUUGAUAUUCCAUCCUCGUCGGGUCCAUUGAUUGGUGAAACCAACGUUGAAAAUCUGAUAUUAGCUUCAGGACAUUCCUGUUGGGGUAUUAAUAAUGCUCCAGCUACAGGUUUGCUUGUGAGUGAGAUUGUGCUUGAUGGAGAAGCCAAAAGCUGUGAUAUUAGUGCUUUGGACCCAUCUCUAUACUUUGAUGCGUCUCUAGUUUAUGACGAUGAUGAAAAUGAUGAUGAUUACAGUGAUGAUGGUGAUGAAAGCGAUGACGAGGAUGAUGAUGAUCAGAAUAACUCCAGCUAUCAUGAAAGCACGGAGGAAGAAGCUGAGGAAUGA